UCGCGCCGCCGCGCUCGCCCCGGCUGGUGCCGCGCUGCCCGUGCCUCCUGCGCCGCUGACUCACGCCGUCUGCUCCGCGUCUCCUCCUACUCCUCCUGCAGCUCGCCCCCACCCACGCACCCUUCCGACGCGGACCCGGGGAAUUUCUUUGUGGCGUCUGCAGCUGUGCACGGUCGCGUAUAUAAGGCCACGGAGCGAUCUUUUUGCCAGCCAAGGCCGAGGCUCGUGCAGUGAACGCUGGGACGUCACCAUGUGGAGGAGCGCACCCUUGACCGCGCCGGCACUGCUGCUGCUGCUGCUGUUGGCUGCCGGAUGGCCGCAGUCGCUGGCCGCCCCGGUCGCCGCCGACGACCCCGACGCAGUGCCGCCCGCGUUCGCGCUAGAUUUCAUGAAGCAGUAUGGUUAUCUGGAUCCAAGCUCACAAGUAUCUGAGUCUCUGUACAAAAAUGAAGACAUGGUUGAAGUCAUCAAACAGGUGCAGAGAUUUGGGGCUCUUAACCAAACAGGCAUUCUUGACAAUGCAACACUUCAGUUAAUGAAAUCGCCAAGAUGUGGAGUUCCUGACAUCAAGCAUACCAACAGGACAAGGAGCAAGAGAUAUAUUGUGGGAUCUGAUGGCUGGAAGAAAAGACAUAUUACCUACUUUAUAGCCAACUGGUCUCCUAAGAUUGGUGAAGAAGCAGUUGUUGAACAAGUUCAGCGAGCAUUUAGCACAUGGGCAGGAUAUGCAAGACUAAACUUCUCACUCAUAGCAGAUCCUGCAGCUGAUAUUAUCAUUGCUUUUGGUCGAGGACCUCAUGGAGAUCCAUUUCCUUUUGAUGGACCAGGCAGUAUACUGGCUCAUGCCUAUUAUCCAUAUGAAAUGGAUCAGUAUGGUGGAGAUGUCCAUUUUGAUGAAGAUGAAAACUGGAAAGUAAAAUUAGAAGGACCUUAUGAUGAUGGAGUGGAUUUCUUCACAGUUGCUGUACAUGAGCUUGGUCAUAGCCUGGGAUUGGCUCACUCUGAUGUGCCCUCCUCGAUUAUGUUUCCGUACUACAAAGGCUUCCAGGAAUCAUUUCAGCUUGGUUAUGAUGAUAUUCUUGCUAUGUAUGACCUAUACAUUUCUCGUAGUCUGGAAGAUGACAAUGAAAUUAAUCCUGGGGUUGUACCUAGUGGUACUGAUGACAGUGACAGUGAAACUCAGGACAGAGAUGAGGAUAGCAACCACGUUCCAGAUGUGCCAAGCACAGAUGAAAAUAGUUCUGAAGGAGAUGAUGAAACUCAUCAUCCUGUAACUCCCACAGCAGAUAAACCACAGCCAAGGCAGCCAGAUUAUCCCACCAGUACUGGUGUAACAUUUGAAGAUGAUUAUGAGACUGUUGAUGAGCAUCGCGAGCAUGAACGCCAUCAGACAACUGAGGCUCCACUUGACAAAUCUGAUCCUUGCCUUGGUAACUAUGAUGCAGUAUCAGUACUUAGAGGUGAACUCUUCUUCUUUAAGGGAGAGAUGAUGUGGAGAAUGUCAGGUCGAGGUUUAAUUCAGCCAGGAUAUCCUGUGAAUUUUCGGCAUAUGUUCUGGAGAUUCCCAAACUCUGUUACAAAAAUAGAUGCUGUGUAUCAGAGGGAUACAGACAGCAGCAUAGUUUUCUUCACAGGAAAUAAAUUUUGGGUGUUCAAUGGUGAAACAUUCAUUGAAGGAAGCCCUCAGCCCAUUACAACACUUGGCUUACCUGCAUCUCUUACACAUUUAGAUGCAGCCAUGGUAUGGGGUAAAAAUGGAAAAACAUUCUUUUAUAGUGGCGAUCAGUACUGGAGGUUCAAUGAAACUACCAGACUGAUGGAUCCAGGCUAUCCUAAGAACAUCAGCAGAUGGGGGAGAGUUCCCCAGAACUUAGAUGCUGCUAUGACAUGGACAGAUGGUCUUACUUACUUCUUCAAGGACAAACUAUUCUGGAGAUUCAACAACAUGCUAAUUAAGACUGAUGACCAGUACCCACUGCCUGCUCCAACAACAUGGUUCGGUUGUCCACCAUAACCAUUAUUUAAAUAUGACUGAAAUGCAGCUUAAUAUAUUUUGUUGUAUGUAGGAACUAGAACCACUAGUUUCCUAGCACUGUUUAUAGGGAUACGUGUAGUCAGAUUAAAUUUUUAAAUAUUACACAUAUUUCUUACAUGACAGAAGAAAAAUUUGCCAGUAGCUUCUUGUUGUAAUAGUAAGACUCAUAUAAUUCUCAUUGUUAAGAUACAUAUCAUACAAAAGACUGAACUUCUAGAUGUAUAAUUGAUGAUACUAUCAGUAAAGAAUUAAGGACUGUAUUUGCUUACAGGCAAUUUUGUGUAUAGCAUUUUGGCAUUAUAUGAAUGUAAAUGAUGAAGUAGAUGCUAAGACAUUUUCAGUGUUGUUAUUCCAAACACUUCAUGAGAAUUCUGAAGUGUGUGUCAAAAAUUUGAAGGCAUCAUUCAUGAAGAAUGUGCUAAUUCAAAAGAUAUACUUCAGCAUCCUGGUCCUUCUCUCUCUUUAUGGAUAACUGCAAGAAACAAACACAAGUAAAGUUGGAACAUUAGAGGUGAGACAGUGCUGGAGAUUAUUUCUGAAGUUCAUAUUCAAUAGAAAAAAUUCAGAAGCUCAUCUUAUUGUAGGGCAGUUUAUAAAAAAAGAUUAUAAUUCUAAAGUGUAAAAUUAAAAACGCCUUCAACCCUCUACACUUUGAAUAUAAUUUGUUAAUGCAACCAGUUUUGGUGUUUCAUGACACCAUCUCUAGGCCCCCUGACCAAUGUGUAAGAGGAAUCCAACCUCAUGUGCAGCUGAAAUGGGGGCCAGUAUUAAGUACCUGAUAUCCAUGGAUUUCUAGUUUCAACAACAUGACACCUUCAUUUAUCAGUUGAGUCUUCAAGUUGUUUUUAAUUUUACAUUUUAUAUUGAACUGCCAAAAUCUCUCAGCUAUGAUGUAUAAAGAUGCAUUUACCUAUUCCCAUUCCAUAUACAAGAAAUAUAACAUAGCAUCUAACAAACUAGUCUUGUGGAUGAAUAGUGACGUAUUGUCAUCAAAUACUAAAUUGUUUGUAUUUGUUACAGCAUGUAAACAGACCAGUGCAAUUCCUAAGGGAACUUUGUUUUGACAAAAAAACAUUUCUGACAACAGAUAUAAAUCUCAUUCAGUGUUCAUCUACAUCUACAUCUACAUCCAUACUCUGCAAGCCACCUGACGGUGUGUGGCGGAGGGUACCCUGAGUACCUCUAUCGGUUCUCCCUUCUAUUCCAGUCUCGUAUUGUACAUGGAAAGAAGGAUUGUCGGUAUGCUUCUGUGUGGGCUCUAAUCUCUCUGAUUUUAUCCUCAUGGUCUCUUCGCGAGAUAUACGUAGGAGGGAGCAAUAUACUGCUUGACUCUUCGGUGAGGGUAUGUUCUCGAAACUUUAACAAAAGCCCGUACCGAGCUACUGAGCGUCUCUCCUGCAGAGUCUUCCACUGGAGUUUAUCUAUCAUCUCCGUAACGCUUUUGCAAUUACUAAAUGAUCCUGUAACGAAGCGCGCUGCUCUCCGUUGGAUCUUCUCUAUCUCUUCUAUCAACCCUACCUGGUGCGUAUCUCACACUGCUGAGCAGUAUUCAAGCAUUGGGCGAACAAGCGUACUGUAACCUACUUCCUUUGUUGUCGGAUUGCAUUUCCUUAGGAUUCUUCCAAAGAAUCUCAGUCUGGCAUCUGCUUUACCGACGAUCAACUUUAUAUGAUCAUUCCAUUUUAAAUCACUCCUAAUGAGUACUCCCAGAUAAUUUAUGGAAUUAACUGCUUCCAGUUGCUGACCUGCUAUUUUGUAGCUAAAUGAUAAGGGACCUAUCUUUCUAUGUAUUCGCAUCACAUUACACCUGUCUACAUUGAGAUUCAAUUGCCAUUCCGUGCACCAUGCGUCAAUUCGCUGCAGAUCCUCCUGCAUUUCAGUACAAUUUUCCAUUGUUGCAACCUCUCGAUACACCACAGCAUCAUCUGCAAAAAGCCUCAGUGAACUUCCGAUGUCAUCCACCAGGUCAUUUAUGUAUAUUGUGAAUAGCAACGGUCCUAUGACACUCCCCUGCGGCACACCUGAAAUCACUCUUACUUCGGAAGACUUCUCUCCAUUGAGAAUGACGUGCUGCGUUCUGUUAUCUAGGAACUCCUCAAUCCAAUCACACAAUUGAUCUGAUAGUCCGUAUGCUCUUACUUUGUUCAUUAAACGACUGUGGGGAACUGUGUCAAACACCUUGUGGAAGUCAAGAAACAUGGCAUCUACCUGUGAACCCGUGUCUAAGGCCCUCUGAGUCUCGUGGACGAAUAGUGCGAGCUGGGUUUCACACGACCGUCUUUUUCGAAACCCAUGCUGAUUCCUACAGAGUAGAUUUCUAGUCUCCAGAAAAGACAUUAUACUCGAACAUAAUAUGUGUUCCAAAAUUCUACAACUGAUCAACGUUAGAGAUAUAGGUCUAUAGUUCUGCACAUCUGUUCGACGUCCCUUCUUGAAAACGGGGAUGACCUGUGCCCUUUUCCAAUCCUUUGGAACACUUCGCUCUUCUAGAGACCUAUGGUACACCGCUGCAAGAAGGGGGGCAGAAAAUUAGAAUCAAUUUCCACAAAAUGUUACAGGAGCUGGAUGUGGCUGUUGUUUAAUUGUUGUUAAAUGUAAUGUGAAAUGACAUUCUUUUCAUUGUGCCUCUGGAAAAUACAAAUUAAUAUCAAACAAAUAUAUAGGUGUAGUCAGUAUUCCUACAUGGUAAGGAUUACAUUCUAAUAUCUGUGUUUAGUUGUAAGACAGGAGUCUUAGGAGGAAGUAGUGUAAAUGUAAGUGUAGCAUAGCAAACAUGUCAGCUGUAUUGCAGCUAGUUACUGUCCACUGUGUGUGAUUGAACUGCAGUAUUCUGAAACAUUAACUGUAUUCGUACUUAGGCAACUAUUUUACAGUCAUUGUUUGAUUCACUUUGUGGUUUAAGUAAUGCUGUGUAUCUUAGAUCCAUUGUUUUUUGAUAGCUGAUGUAACAUUACAGCUAAGUUUACAAGAUAUUUGUAAGAAAUCAAUGUUCUUUUUAAAUUAUAAAAUUACUAAUGAUCUGACUGAAAAGCAUUGAGAAGAAUAAAUACACAAUAGUUUAUCAGCAGCAAUAGAUGAACUAGUAAAGCAGAGAAUGACCACACAGUCUUGGACAGCAUUAAGGCAUAUUGAUAAACCACUGUGUAUUUGUUCUAGACAUAGUUGUAAAUUAAGACCUGAUUUUAUAUUAUUAUUAUAUUAUUAAAUGGAUUAAGGGAUGUGGUGAUAUUUUCAAAUUUAUAUUAAUGGGUGACUGUAGCAAAUGAAGAUAAUAUUAAUAAAUAAAACUACACAUUGAUCUUGCCAAAAGCUGAGAAGUGACUUAUUCUUCUGUAGCUUCUUCGGGUCUUAAACACAGUAUCCUGGCUUCCUCUAGGUGCUCAAUACGCUAUGAUGAACAUUGAUGGCCUUUACAUUAAUGAUUGAUCUUUGUCACACACUCCACAAAUGAUUUAUCUUUGAGGAUGGGAUAAGUGUGCUGAUAGCAUAAGCAAUGUGCAGUGUACCCCUGCUUGUUACUCAGCCUCUGUCUGAUGUAACCAACUGCACUGACAAUCAUGGCACUACAUUUGUAUUUAGUUGCUACCAUUAACAUCACCUAUCAGUAACUGUUUUGUGUUCCUGCUGUCUGUAGUGGUGUGAAAUUUGAUAUUUCUUUGACACAUAUUGAUGUUCAUGGAGAUCAAUAUUGGGUUGCUACAGUUGUUGUUCAUGUAGAUAAAGACAAUACCAAAAGUGUUACCACAAUGUUGAACUACCCAUCUUGAGAUGUCAUCACCUACAAGAUUUUAAUGCUAUGUAAGACUGUAUGAUCAUUUCCUGUCUCUGCUAGUUCAUCUGCUGUUGUUGAUAAACCAUUGUGUAUUUGUUAGAUGUGGAUUAAGACCUGAUGAAAUGUUAUAGAUUAAAGAACAUUGUUAUAUUGCCAAAUUUACAGUAAUAAAGGGUUGUACAAAUAUUAAGAAUAAAAAUAUGAAUAAUGA